AUGAGAGUGUCGCCCAGGAGGAAUAAUUCACGAGACAUGGUGGCCGUCGUGAGUCCGGAAGAUCCUCCGGUUGGUCGAAUCCCCACGGAUGGGGACCGGGACAGUCACAAACGAAUGGAUGAUACGACCACAGCCAUUCACCGAGUGCAUGAAAGCAAUAGGCAACUCAAGCCGGACAAGGCCGACCCCUUCGGCAUGCAGGCACGUUUAGCGAUCGCCCGGCAUCCAGUCUGUCCACUGCGCAGUCUAGCAGGAAAAAAGGAAAAAGAUAAUUUUCAACUGGAGGAAGGAACACAGACCAAGGUGGAGGAGGACAUGACGAAAGCCUGUGACUACAUCAGGGAGUUAAUGACGCUGUUGGGGGGCAAGGAUGAAAAGUCUGAGACUGAGCGGAAGAAAAAGCUCGGGGAGCAGCUCAAGGAGCAGCUCAAGGAGUUUACAGCACACAUGGAUAAGCCCGAGGAAGUGGUCGGUGAGCUGUUGGAGGAUAAAUGUAUUGAUAAAACGGCUCAGCUGACGAUCUUGGCCAAGAUCUACAGUAAACUCUCAGGCAUAGACCUUGCCGCGGUGAGGCGCUGUGCAGCCUACACCCGGCUGGUUGCCUUUGAGGACCAAAACAAACUGCAGACGGACCGGAAGAUAAAGGCGAAGUACGUCCUCUAUCCCAUGUUCUUGUUCUUCUGUUGCUUCGCUCUGCAAAGCUUCCUGCUCCAUGUGACAACAGCCCUCUACGUGCGGUACAUGGACCGUAUCAAGGAUGAGCUGGAAACUUUGAAGUUAGCGUCGUCCAACCAGCCCGUCGGGCUCUCCAAGGUUGAAGGUGGUGAAAUGUUCGAUCUCGUGUCGCACCUAUUUGUUGCGACGGAGACUGGAGAAAACGAGGCGGUCCGGGAUGGCAACGUGAAGAUCCCGAUGUUUAUUUUGGACCUUUCCGGCAUCAUUCCGGCCGGCCUUUGUGUGCUGACAUUUGGAGCUUCAGCUUAUCUCGACCGAUUCCACAUUGGGCUGUGGUACAAGACCUUCCUUGUUGCCUGCUGCAUGGCAAUCAUGAAAGGAAUCUUGGAUCUUGUGACGGUCCUUCCCGAUUCCAUUGGCUGGAACCAGUGUCAAGCUCGGCUUGGCGAUGCUGCCCUGCAGCAAUUGCGGGACCGUCGCUGGUUUAGCAACUUCUGGGCAACCUUGUGGCAGGCAAUUAUCGACGAAAUCAUUGGUGUGGAGGGCAAACGUAUGCGAUAUUGUGCAGACAUGAUGGUUUCUGGGCACACAUACUUUGCGGCCUUGUUCUCGCUUGCGGCCUACAAGCUGACGGGCGCGGUGGACUUUCCUCUUUGGGCGCAGCGCUUGGUCGCCCUCGUUUGCGUGCUUUGCCUUAUCCUGGAAAUGGUCCUGGUGGCCGCGGCGCGCUUCCACUACACUGUAGACAUGCUUGUGUCUGUCAUCUUGGUUUGCCUUCUAUGGGACAGCCUGCGCAUGGAGCAGUGGUCCUCGGACCUCUCAGAAGGAUACAAUUGGAGAGACGAGGAUUGGUGCCGGGUCGGACCUUGGUGGAAGCUCUUCAGGCUUGAGACUAUCAGGGCCAAGCCAAGCGAUGCUGCCGAGGAUGACCGCGCGCCCGAAGAGCCCAAAGUCUUGCCGUCACAAGCCACUUUCUUGAUCAACCUGAGGAUGCUAUCUGGCAAAGCUCCCUGGUCCUUGGACGACGUUGUUUCAUCCGGUGCCCAAGAGACGUUCACCAACGACCCAACAAGUCCCACAAGCCAGCGGGCAACACUGGACUCAUGGCGUUGCGACGAAGGGAUACCAUUGAUUGGAAGCUGCACGUUCAACAAGUAG